AAGGAAUUUUCUGCCCUUUCCGGGCCCUUUUUUUCGUCUUAGCGCCGGGCACUGACUAGCUGCCCCCUUUCCUUCCGCUGCUACCCGGCUUUCUGGUACAGUCGACGCUAUGGGUUUCGGAGACCUGAAAAGCCCCGCCGGGCUCCAGGUGCUCAACGACUACCUGGCGGACAAGAGCUACAUCGAGGGGUAUGUGCCAUCACAAGCAGAUGUGGCAGUAUUUGAAGCAGUCUCCGGCCCACCGCCUGCUGACUUGUGUCAUGCUCUACGUUGGUAUAAUCACAUCAUGUCUUAUGAAAAAGAAAAGGCCAGCCUGCCAGGGGUGAAGAAAGCUUUGGGCAAGUAUGGUCCUGCUGAUGUUGAAGACACCACAGGAAGUGGAGCUACGGAUAGUAAAGACGAUGAUGACAUUGAUCUUUUUGGGUCUGAUGAUGAAGAGGAAAGCGAGGAAGCGAAGAGGCUAAGAGAAGAACGACUUGCACAGUAUGAAUCAAAGAAAGCCAAAAAACCUGCACUUGUUGCCAAGUCUUCCAUCUUACUAGAUGUGAAACCCUGGGAUGAUGAGACAGAUAUGGCAAAAUUAGAGGAGUGCGUCAGAAGCAUUCAAGCAGACGGCUUGGUCUGGGGCUCCUCUAAACUAGUUCCAGUGGGAUAUGGAAUUAAAAAACUGCAAAUACAGUGUGUUGUUGAAGAUGAUAAAGUUGGAACAGAUAUGCUGGAGGAGCAGAUCACUGCUUUUGAGGACUAUGUGCAGUCCAUGGAUGUGGCUGCUUUCAACAAGAUCUAAAAUCCAUUCUGGAUCAUUGCACUUAAAUAAAAGCUGGAGAUUGAAAGAUAA